CGAUAUUUUUCGUGGUAUCCUUUCUCAAAGCAUACUUCAUGCCUUACGGAUUCUGAAGUUAACCGUGUGGGCUGGCGAGAUAGCGAGCCGUUUGUAUUUCUGUUAAUCUUCACCACUAUCAUGUCUUCAGGUAAAAAAGGAAAAAAGAAGAAAAAUUGUAAAACCGUUGAUUUGAUGUCAUUCUUGGCUGAUGGCGGUGGAACUCCUACCAUACCUUUAAAAUCAACGAGCUGGGCUGAUGAUGUUGAAGAUGAACAUGAAGGAGGAUAUACUUCAAGGAGUAACAAAGAACCAGUUGUUCUACCUACUGCGCCCAGAGCGGCAAGAGGUCCACGUAUUGAUGAAGAAAAUAUUCCUACAAAUCCUCCUUUUGUAGCAUAUGUUACUAGUUUACCUUAUGAAGUAGAUGAAGAUGAUCUUAUUGAAUUUUUUGCUGAGAUGAAGGUUACUAGUGUACGCUUACCAAAAGAUCCAAAUAAACAACUUAGAGGAUACGGAUAUGUAGAAUUCGAAGAUCGACAAAGUUUGAUUGACGCUCUUUGUAUGACAAAUACUACAAUGAAAACUAGACGUAUCCGUAUCGAGGUUUCAAAUAGCAGUAACGAUGAACGACGUGGUGGACGUAUGGGACGAGAUAAUCGCAGAGACAAUUAUGAUGAUCCGGAGCGCACUUCUGGAGAUUGGAGAAGUAGGCCUAGGGACGAACCUCCAAAUUCCGAUGGUGACUCCUAUCGUAGUCGUUACGAUAAUAGGGACAGAGAUAGGGAGAGAGAUAGAGAUAGGGAAGCUACUGAUGAUAAACCUGGUGCAUGGCGUAAUAGAAGCGAAGAUGACAGAGGAAGAUCAGCAUUCAAAGAUAGAGGUUUUAGGGAUGAUGAUAGGGAUAAGGAAUGGACACGAUAUGGCGAUAGAGGUGGUAGUAGAGAUAGAGAUGGUGAUAGAGAUAGAGACAGAGGUAGCAGUUUUGGUCCACGUCGCGAUUAUGGAGAUUGGGAACGUGAUGGACGUAAGGAUGGAAAAGGAAAUUCAGAAACGAAACCUGCUGAACCAAGGACCAGACCAAAGUUACAACUGCAACCUCGCACCAAGCCUAUCGAACCAUUAAAUGUUAAAGAUGAAAAAUCGGAAUCCGUAGCUCCAGCUUCCUCUACAUCGGUACCCGCGGCAAAUAUUUUUGGUGCAGCCAAACCUGUAGAUACUACUGCCAGAGAAAGAGAAAUCGAAGAACGUCUUGCAAAAUCAUAUGCAGAAUCAAGAUCAAAAGAAGAAGCAGAAAAUGAAAAACGUAAGGAAAGUACAUGGGGACGUCGCAAUGGAGAAGAUCGCGAUGAUAAAGAAAAGGAUAAGAGUCGUGAGACUUGGAGGUCAGAGGGUGAAAAAAAAUGGACCGACAAAUCGGCGUCGCAUAGUCAUUCAACUUCAGCACGUUCUGAUCAACAUGGAGAUUCCAAAGGAGAUUCGAAAGGAUCCAAUCCUCGCAGUGGGCCACCGCCAACAAAAACAUCCCAGAAAAGCGACAAUCGUGGAUUAGAUAGCAGGGAACGAAAGGAAAGAGAUAAGGAAAAGGAUGAGCUUGAUAGAAUGCCUAAAGCAAAAGAUGAAAAAACUCCAAAUUUUGUCGUUUCCAACAAGUAUUCCAUGUUACCUGAUGACGCGGAUCCUGACAAUAUUGAAGAUUAGUCGUACGAUCAUAAGUUUACUAUGCCAUGUGCAUUAUAAUUGGUCUAUAUACAUACAUUACUAAUGUUUGAUUUACAAUUAAAAAUACGUAUCCAAUUGAUUCAUAAGCAAGUCAUAUGCUCUUGGUACUAUUUUACAGGAAUUAUUGUUGAUUUAUAUAUAUUUAAUCUAUUUUAUUAUUCCGAAUACAAUUAUCAAUCUCUAUUUGUGUAUUUGAUUUAUAUUUAAUACGAGUGCUCUGUCUCAUUAGAUCAAUGUGGAAAAGUUUUCGUACUGCUAUAUUAAAAAGAAUUAUUAUUUCAAUAUCUUAAAUAUGUAAUUCUAUAAAUAUUACAUUCACAAGAUAGGAAUUGGGAUUUUAUUCGUUGUAGAGUUGUUGUACAUUGUAUCUUAUUUACAAUAUAAUAUAUGAAUACCGA